AUGACCACCAUCAUAUUCCCCCUCCUGGACGUCCUACUCAGUAUUUCCCUCAUGACUAUCCCCCUGGUCCCCCUGGUCCUCCUAGCCGACCUAACCAAUACCCUCCCAGUCAACAUCCCGUGGGUCCGCCAGGUCCGCCAGGUCCUCCAUAUGGCGCGCACCAGCAAUAUCCACCUGGGCCUCCACCACCACAAUAUGCGCCGCCGCCCAGUUUCGUACCUCCGCCUACCCCAUAUGGGUUUCAGGGUCCGCCUCCCGGGUAUCAUCAGAGUGAGUAUAGCCUACCUCAGCGUGAUCCUCCGACUAUCUUUCAACCAUAUCCACCGCUCGAUCCUUAUCCUCCACAAUACGGAGAUGAUAGAAAUCGCUACGAGCGCGGUCGGGAUCACCAGCGUCGUUAUGAAGAUAGGCAUCCAAAUGAAACUUGGCAUCCUCAAGACGCGUGGCACAGUUCACCGCCAUCAAAUGGCCAACCGUAUAGAGAUGAAUACCGUGAUGACUGGCAUGGCAAGCCCUCAUACCGAGAUGAUCGACAUUCUCGUAGGCGGGGACAUGGUAAAUCUCAAGACGAGCGGCGUCGGGAGCGUCAAGAUCGCCAAGACCGGUUUCAGCCUUUUAAGAAUUCAGACAAGUGGGACAGGCAUCACCGACGAAAGCACCAGCCAGCAACGACUCCGAGCGAACCAGCGCGCCGCGAUAGGAGCUCUUUAG